AUGGCAUCGUUGUCAUCGUCCGCCCGACCAUGGACGACCAGCUCAUCCUUGACCGCCGCACCAUCCUCAAGCGCGGGCCCCGUCGUCCUCGGCCGCCUGAUUCUCUUACGCCACCCAAACACAGAAGCCAACGCAGCUGGCGUCCUGCAAGGGUCGACAGAUUCUCCUCUCACAGAGCAUGGAGAGCGACAGCAGGAUCGGCUGUGUACCUUGCUCGAGCAGGACGUCGAGGAUGGUGGUGGAUGGGAGGUGCACGACCUGCCAAUGAUGAUCGCGCAUAGCCCACUGGAGCGUUGCGCUAGGCUGGCGAGACGAGUGGGAGAGGUCGUGGGGAGAAGAAGGGAGAGGGAGAGGGAGAGGCAGCGAGUAAGGGGCUUCGGAGCUGAGGUUGUUGAACCAAUUCAAGCGGAGGAAGCUGCACACAGGGGGUUAGGCAGCAAUACUGCCUCAACCUCGAUUUCCAGCUCGAUCAAUACCGCUCCGCCCCUAUACCCAAGCAUCGAUCUCCAAGAAAAGGAUUUCGGCCCCCUAGAAUGCACCCGCCGGGGGAUCCAUGCUGGCCCCUCCUUUCCUCGACCCUCAGCCACAGCGAAGCGCGAAUCGAAGGAGCAAUUCACGAACCGGGUACGGCGGAGCAUGCGCCUCUGGAUCGGCAAGCUUGUCCGUACCUCGCCGCCCAAAGAGGGAGUACCGCCUACGCUGCUCGUCGUGACGCACGGUCUGUUCAUAUCCACCGCGCUGAGGAUACUAGCGCCUCAGGCGGGGCCGGAGAUGGCGGCUGAUGCGCCUAUCCCUUUUGCAGAGAAUACGGGAAUGUACUUGCUUGAGGUGAUUGGCGCGCGGCCGAACAGCGUCGAUGGUGAUGCUGGUGCUGCGGCGGGCAGCGCUCCAUUGACCCUCCGCCUGAUGCGAGCUAACUGGACGCCCCAUCUCGCUGGACUCACCCGCCCGCGAAGGGGAGGCCUGGCAGCCGCAGCCGCUGAUAGUAAGCAACGUCGGUUGGACGCCUUCUUCAGCCCUCGUGCUGGACAGACGCCUUCUCCGAAGAGGAAACGACCGGGGGCAGGCGAGGCAGACGAGGAUGAGCUGGAAGCUGCGCAAGAUCAGGAGCUCAAGCGCAUUGCGAAGGAGAUGUAG